AUGAUCGAGCUUCGAAAUAUUGGUCCCGACGAAUGGGAGAUAUGGAAAGAUCAAAGACUAGCUGCGCUUAGAAACGCACCCUAUGCGUUCUCAUCAAAACUCACUGAAUGGGAAAAUGUGCCUGAGCAACGGUGGCGCGACCGGCUUAGCAUACGUGGCGGCUACCAAGUGGUCGCUUCUCUCCAAGGCACGAUAGUGGGCAUGGCCGGGGGGCUUCUACUUAACGAGCCUGAGGUUGCAGAGCUUGUAUCUAUGUGGGUAGCUCCCGCUGCACGAGGUCGUGGUGUCGGGGACGCACUAGUGGCUGCUGUUGAGGACUGGGCCUACGGUAUUGGUGCCACCAUUCUUAAACUAUCUGUGUUAGAGAAUAAUUACCCAGCUCGUAAGCUAUACUCCCGGAAUGGGUUUGUCGACGUUGAGCUUGAAAGCGGUGAUAUGGAGAUUGGCUGUGAGAGGGUUAUGUUAAAGAAAAAGCCAUAG